UCCAGCCAUUGAGUUCCUGGACCAUUCACAAACUAAAUCCAUGGGAGGAGAGGCAAGGUUAGGGAGGAAUCAGCAUCGGUACUCUGUAGUGAUCUGAUCAAUCAAGAGGGGGAGGGAGUGUGGAGAUGGAAGCUGCGGUUGGCACCAUGGCCGGUAAGACCGUGCCUAAGCUCUUCGAUUUGUUAGAAACAAAUCACAAGCUACGUCGGGAGCUGGAGCAUGACAUCGAGUACAUCAAAAAUGAGUUUGCGAUGAUUUCCGCCGCCGUUGAGGAGGAUGGUGAUCACCCCCCAUGGAGUGGCAACCAGGUGCAUAAGGCCUGGAUCAAGAUGGCGCGCCAACUAGCGCACGAUAUUGAGGACUGCCUCGACCGCUUCAUGCAUCGCAUGGCGCUCGACCCCAGUGCAUCGUGGAUUCAUCGGCGAUACCACCGGGUGAAGACGGUGAGAGCCCGUAACAAAUUUGCCGCAGCCAUCCGGCGUCUCAGGAAGAGAUCAGAGGAUGCAUCCAAGCAGAGAACAAGCUACACCACCAACUAUGGCACCUUGGAGUCAGCAGGGGCAUUUGAUGAUGAGACGGACACCUCCAUGCCCAUGGUCACCGUGGGUAUGGACAUGCCCCAGGAUGAGCUCAUGGAGCUGAUAAGGGAAGACCAACAACACGAGGAGAACAAGCUCAAGGUGAUCUCCCUUGUCGGAUUCGGUGGUAUAGGCAAGACUCUCCUUGCCAAGCAUUUGUACGACACAACUGAGAGUGAAUACGAAGCACGGGCUUGGGUUUGUGCUGCGGAGAAAGGCUCGUGGGAUGUUCUCAAGGAGAUACUCCGGCAACUUAGAAUACAUUCCACCAUUACUAGUAGUAGUGGAAGUGCAGGCAACCCCUGCCGUCUCAGCAAUACCAAGCUCUGUGCAAGCCUCAGAGAGUGCCUUGGGACCAAGAGGUUUUCCAUUGUAAUCGAUGACAUGCGGAGAGACUUUUGGGUUGAUAUAAAAGAUGCUUUCCCUGUGGUUCCGGGCGUCAACAGUAGAAUUAUUGUCACGACGGCCUCUCGCACCAUAGCAAUCAAAAGCAGUUGUCAUGAUGGUCAUGUGUACAUAAUGAGAACACUCACUGAGCAACACUCAAAACAAUUGUUCUGUGAGAAAGCUUCUCUGGUGUAUCCGCCAACAGUCCAAGAUACGGAACUGAGUUCAGAAGUAAUAAAAAAAUGUGAUGGUCUGCCCCUUGCUCUUGUUACCACAGCACGGUUGUUGCACGGUGAUCACAGACAGCGACAAUGGGCAGACCUGGGAAAUAACCUUGGCAGCCAUCUUGAGACACAUCAUAUGUUAGCAAAUAUGAAGCGUGUGCUUGUCCGUAGCUUCACUAGCCUAAGUAAGCAAGAUAUCAAGACAUGUUUGCUUUAUCUGGGUAUUUACCCAAGUGGUCGCCCAAUCAGGAGAGGAAGCCUGAUAAGGCGGUGGUCAGCCGAAGGUUUCAUCACAACAGAGCCUAAACGCAGUGCCCUUGAGGUUGCUCUUGCAAAUUUCAAUGAGCUGGUCGACCAGAGCAUCAUCCAGCCUAUUGAUGCCAGCAGCAGCAGCAGUGCAGAGGUGAAGACAUGCAAAACACAUGGCAUAAUGCUCGAGUUCAUCCUGCACAGAUCCAUGUCUGAGAACUUUGUUACCUUGUUAUAUGAUAAGGAUCCCCCACCCGGGAGUAAAAUUCGUUGGCUUUCUCUGCAGCAUAAAACUGAUGCAAGAUCCAAAAUGGAUCCAAAGGAUCUAAGCCUUGUCCGUUCUCUCACGAUCUUCGGUGAGGCGCACAAUUCAGUGUUGGACUUCUCCAAGUAUAAACUGAUUAGAGUUUUGGAUUUAGAAGAGUGCGAUGAACACUUGGGAGACAAGCAUCUCAAGGAGAUAUGCAACAACAUGUCACUGCUCAGGUACCUAAGCCUCAGAGGCGCUGCUAGAGUUACGGUUCUUCCAAAACAGAUCAAGAAGCUUCAACUUUUGGAAACACUAGAUUUAAGAGGAACCAGUAUAGAGAUUCUUCCCAUACAAGUCAUGAAACUUCCAUCCUUAAUUCAUUUGUUUGGAAAGUUCAAGUUCCAACAAAAUGUAGGAAGCCGGAGAAUGAGUAAGCUACAGACUUGGCUGUCGGAGAAAAGUAAACUGGAAACUCUAGCCGGAUUUGAUGUGCACAACAAUUGCCAAAGAUUCACACAGAUCAUGGAGCAUAUGAAGCACCUGACCAAGGUGAAAAUAUUGUGCGAGUUCACUGCACAUGACAGCAGCAACUCAAUACAUCUCUCAAAGUCCAUCAAGGAGUUCAUCCAGAGAGGCACCAAUCUGAACGAAGCUCGUGCACUCUCGCUGACCAUCAACAAUGAACGUUCUCCAGACUUGCUGGAUUUCUCCCUAGAAAAGGAUUACUCCUACUACCUUAGCUCACUCAAGCUACAAGGGAGCAGAAAAUGCAGCCAGCUGCCUCUGUUUGUUACCAUGCUGGGUGGUCUCACUAAGCUGUGCCUGUCAUUCCCUGGUGAUCAUAAGCUGAGUGGUAACAUUCUUAAUGUGCUGAGCAAAGUGCGUGGCCUUGAGUACCUGAAGCUGAUUGCAACUCAACUGGAUAAGCUCGUCAUCGAGCAAGGCCAUGCACUCCAAAGCCUGCUACGAUUAUGCAUCGUGGUGGAAGUCGUAACUGAGCUGGAAAUACAAGAGGGAGCUCUGCCUCGCCUCGAGUUGAUCCAGCUGCUAUGUAAAGAUCUAAAUGGCAUUAGUGACACAAUCCAGUCACUACCACGUCUUAAGGAGGUCGCCCUCCAUGAUGGAGUGAGCGAUGAAGCAAAACAGGAGUGGAAAGGAGCGGCAAAGAGUCACCCUAGACGUCCCAAGCUCUUGUUUGUUGAGACAAAGCUGAUGGCAAGUGAGCCUGCUCCGAACACUAUUUCUGCAGAAACAGCUACUCAUACAAUGGUCAAAGAGGUUGAUGCGGAGAGUGAACCUGCGACACCACCUACUGGUAUGAAGUUAUCGGUGAUAGCGCCGCCCAAUGUGAUUUCCACUCAAGAGACUGCACAAGUUGUUACUUCUGAAAUGGUUGAUCAUCAGGAACUGAUGGGAGGUGAACCUGCUGCAGAAAUUAUCCCUGUGGCAACAGCCACUGAUAUGAUGGCUGAAAAGGAUGAUGUGGAAGUACAACUUGAUGGUGGUGAUCAACAUGAUGCUGAUGGGAAAGAUCUGGAUAACAUAGAGGACCCGAAAGAGUUUGCUAACAAAAAUGGUCUGAGCAUUCCCAUGGUAGAUCAGAUGAACAAGGAAAGUUCUAAAGAGGAGAUGGAAGGAGUGACUGGUUUAGAAAAACCGAGGCCUACAGAACAAACAGCGUCUGCGCGCGAUCUUGUCGUCACUGGUGGGAAUUGGUGUCUUUCGCCAAAGAAGUCGACGAGGGAUGUUGGUGCCUUGACUGGGUUAAUGUUGCUCAGGACAGGGUGGAGUCUAGGCUGUCUUGUUGACGCUUUGGACAUUGUGUUAUCAAUUUCUGAUGUGCUAAUGGUGGAUUCUCAGGUGCUGUGGAUUCUCAGGUGCUGUGUGUGCCAGACAGCUACAGCCUACAGAUAUGGGGACUCAUCUCCUGAAGAAGAUGAAGUGCUUCUGAUAAGUUUGUCCUGAAUGCACAUGAGUUAGUUUUCGUAAAUUCCAAUUUGGCGGCUUUCUGUUGUCCUAUAACAAGGUCAGCCAUGUAUGUCACUGGAUAUAUAUUUGGUCCCAUUCGACUUUGACAUCUAUUUGGCAGAACUUUAACAUGGUCCUUCAUUCAGUCACAAAAUCAGCUUCCCUUUUUAAUAAUUUAAUUCCACAUGCUAGUUUACGAUCAUUAGCAUGAACUCUGUCAAUAAGCGGCAUGCCGAAUCUUUGUUUGUUUGUGGUGGUUGUGUAACGAACCAUUGGUUUCAUGAAUGUAAUCAUGAAAUCAGCCUGUUCUUCUUCUUCAGAAGAAGAAAAACAACUUGAUGAUGUUUGUCCUAAAUCAUGGGUGCGAACCUUGGCAUGAAAAAGUAACAGGAUGUUGUGUUGUGCUCCAAACACUUGGUCAUUUUUUUUGUUGUAAAACA